AUGGCUUCGAGAUUUAGCAAGGCAUCCAAGUUGAACGAGCCGGACUCCAUGCUACUAGACCUGCGAUAUUUCCUUGAGAUGGUCGACCAGAAGCAUCGGUAUGGAGCCAACUUACAGGUUUAUCACGAGGAAUGGCAGAGGUCAGGCACGACGCAGAAUUUCUUUUAUUGGCUUGACCACGGGGACGGUAGACACGAAGACUUGCCCAUAUGUAGUCGUGAAAAGCUCGAGAGAGAAAAAAUUCGCUACCUUAGCAAGGAGGAACGGAGAGAUUACCUGGUCCGGAUCGACUCGCAGGGCAAGCUUCACUGGGCGAAGAACAACGAGCUUAUCACAACCUCAGUCGAGGAGUACCAGGAUUCAAUGCACGGUAUCGUGCCGAAAGGAUCUUCCGAGCCCACUUUCAACGAUGAAGACGUCAAAAGGCAGCUCUCAGCCGACGCCGGCUUCUCUUCGAAACUCGCCGCCGUCUCGGGCAUGUUUCGCGAUGCUGUGCAGGAACACGGAGACGAGACAACAUACCGCGGCGACCAUGACAUCAGCUCCUCUUCAUCCUCCUCCUCCUCAUCUUCAGCAUCCUCUCCAGGCGAAAGUCCGCCCCAUCAACCCGCAACAAUAGACCAUAAUACUGUAACUUCGCCUCAAGACGACUCCUCCUCCACCGCUCAAAUACCAUCGCAAAAUCAAAAGAAAAAGAAGAAAAAGAAGAAAAAGAAAAUCCACGCCUCCCCCGCUACAAUCCUCAACUCCCUCCUCCGCGCCUCCGUCCGGCCCGGGACGUGGAUCUAUGUCUCCGACACCCUCGGUCGCCUCUACAUCGGAAUCAAAUCCUCCGGUGCCUUCCAACACGCCAGCUUCCUCUCCGGCGCCCGCAUCAGCAGCGCCGGGAUCAUCGGCAUCAGAGAUGGCCAACUCAUCUACCUCUCCCCAUUGAGCGGUCACUAUCGCCCGACGACGAAAUCUUUCCGCGCAUUCAUCGAGAGUCUGAAAGCUCAGGGAUGCGACAUGUCCAGGGUCAAGGUUUCAAAAUCGUAUGCUGUUCUCUUGGGUAUGGAAUAUUAUGGCAAGGGGAAGAAAGAUUUGAGACGGAUUUUCAAGCCGGAUAAGGCGGCCAGGAAGGAGGAGAAAGAGAGGAGGAACGGGGAGAGGGCGUUUCUGGCGGCGCCGGUGGAAGUCAUCGGCGGAGCGGAGAGAGUCGAGAGGAAUUGGAGGGAAGAACAUCAGCAGCGGAAGUUGGCGAGGUUGAUGGAUGAUUUGCAUGUUAAGAGAGAUAGCCAGGACGACGAAGAGCGGAAAUGA